AAGAAAUGGCUGUGGUUAAGCUGCCACAAUCGCGUAGCGUAUGGGCCAUAACAGUGGCCUCAUUUCUGUUAUGUUUUAUUUUUUAUUAUUUCUAUGGUGGUUAUUUAACCUUUGGCCUAAUCGGUUUGGUGUUGUUGGGUAUUUUCUAUUAUGGCCAGGAUGUGUUAUUGUAUCAUCCCGAUUUACCGGCAAACUCCCGUGUCUAUAUACCCAUACCCACCAUGCAUAAUCUACCUCAUGAGACAGUGAGUAUACGCACCGCCGACAAGGUUACCCUACAUGCCUUUUGGGUCAGCCAGCCCGAAGAGCGGUCCAAAAGUGUACCGACAUUUGUCUAUUUGCAUGGUAAUGCCGGCAAUAUGGGUCAUCGUAUGCAAAAUGUAUGGGGCAUCUUUUAUAGCCUCAAUUGUAACAUUCUGAUGUUGGAAUAUCGUGGCUAUGGCCUAUCGACAGGAGCGCCUAGUGAACGUGGCUUGGUAACGGAUGCAAGGGCGGCCAUUGAUUAUCUCUAUACUCGUCACGAUUUGGAUCAUAGCCAGAUUGUAGUCUUUGGUCGUUCAUUGGGCGGUGCCGUGGCCAUUGAUGUGGCCGCCGAUACCAUAUAUAGCCAAAAAAUAAUGUGUGCCAUUGUUGAAAAUACAUUUACAAGUAUACCGGAAAUGGCAGUGGAGCUGGUACAUCCAUCUGUAAAAUAUGUACCAAAUAUUUUGUAUAAAAAUAAGUUCGAUUCAAUAACCAAAAUUUCAAAAUGCUCAGUGCCAUUUCUAUUUGUUAGCGGUUUAAGUGAUAAUUUGGUACCACCACGUAUGAUGCGUGCCUUAUAUACGGCAUGUGGCAGUGAUCGUAAACGUAUACUAGAAUUUAUAGGAGGCUCACACAACGAUACAUGGAUUGUAGAUGGAUAUUAUCAAGGUUUAAAGACCUUUCUCAAUGAGUGUCAAAAUAUAGUGCCACCAUUGGAGAAGCCGCCCGAAAAAAGUAAUGUUUGGAGUGAAAUACAGGAUGUGUAAA